ACCAUCGAGUUCAGAGCUUGCGAAACAUUUACCACACUGCAGAACGACCAUGCUCGGUCAAUGUCACUCACACCCUCUAGAAAAGAUGAUGUAGCCUAGAUUAAUCCUCUUGGUUCCAAAAUCCCUUCACAGUGGACACAAGUCGGAAAUGGCGUCUUGUGGCAGAUGCAGAGCUUUCGUCCUGAUUGUAAGGGCAAUUUGUGGACAACCAUGGAGCAGGCUCGCUGUGGCACAGUCAGUAGUGUGUCACACAAGGACAAUAGCUACCUCCACAAGGACUUACUCACGGGAGCCGAUCUCCUCGGUACAGUGGAAGACUAAGAGCACGUCCGGGAGAGACGAGCGGAUCUCUCCGUCUUCGGGGCUUACACAGAGGAACCUGUCUGCCGUGGCCGCAUCUCUGAAAGGGCAGUACCGGCCACACUGCAAAUAUGACUACCUGGACCUAGGCGACGUUGAUGUUAACACAGCCAAAGCUAAGGGGUGUACAUCGCCAAGAUGGUUCUUAACGAAUCCAGAGUUGGCUAGAUUGGUGGCGGAUCACAUAUCAAGAGAUAUAGAGGAUGAGAAGUCUGUCAUAUUGGAAUGUGAUCCAGGUCCUGGCGUGCUGACAAAGUCACUGUUAAACAAUGGAGCACAGAGGGUGGUUGCCUUGGAGAGUGCCCAGACCUUCCUGCCAGACCUGCAUGCUCUGGAGAACCAACUGGAUGGUCAGCUGAAGGUGGUAAACUGUAACUUCAAGACGGACGGUUUGGGCAGAAAGAGCAAGGAGAUGGAGAAGCUCUUCACUGACUUAGGCAUCUCCGAGAUGCCCUGGUCUGCAGAUUUUCCGGUGAAAGUGGUUGGCAUUUUGAACACCCAUUACAAGGAGCAGAAUUUCGCACUCUUCAAGCUGGUGCACUCUAUUUUAGAGAGGAGGUCCAUCUUCCGCUACGGCCGCGCCGAGCUCCUCGUGUUCAUUAGCGAGAAGGAUUACAUGAGAAUGAUGUGCAAGCCUGGAAAGGCUAAGCAAUAUCAGUCCUUUGGAGUGCUGUGGCAGAUCGCCUGUGACAUUGAGCUGCUGCAUAAGGAACCUUGGUCCUCUUUCGUUGCAACAAAGACCCCUGGACAGAGAAUAGCAAAGAAACCUGAAAUACCCAACGACCACAUGUGCCUGGUACGAAUGACUCCUCGCAAGGAUUUGUUCUCGUCGAUCUUCACCCCCAAUAACAGCAGCACAUUAGUGAUGAUGGUGAAACAGUUGAUGGCCAGGAGAACGAUUCGGCUGCUGGAGAAACUGGACUUGUGGUGCCCUGGCAAGGGGUCAACGCUGAUGGGCCAAGUGGGACUGUUUGAAGACGUGCUGACGGGCCAGGUGUACCCCCACGAGUACAAGCAGCUGUUUGAGCUCAUGGAGCUGGCCCAGGAGUCCAACAAGCACUGGCUGUAUGAGGAGAUUUUGGAAAGCUGCAGGGAGACCAACUGACGCAAACACAUGCACAUACGCUCCAGGCCAUCUUCAAGUUCUGAGCUGAACUGUUCUUCAGUAUUGUCACUGUGGUUGCGGAGGGAGGAAAGCAGGAUGGUGAAGAUGCUUUCUGUGAACUUUUGUCUGUGACAUUUACACCUUCAUCUGCCAAGUGUACCAAGAAGCUUAAAAACAUACAAACUCAUGUCUCACUGUCUUACUCACAUCGGCUCAUCUCAUCGGAUAUCUAUUUUGGUCAAGUUUUUUUUGCUGAAUUAAAGUAACUAAAUUUACCAUUCUGGCUUGUUGUAUACAUCUGUAUAUCUGUGGCUGUUAUCCACAUAAAGCUCUUAAAAGUUUAGCAUAUGUUUUGAAGAAGAACACACACAGUAGGUUUAAUAUUUAAUAUUUCUGCCCCCAGUGAAGGAAUGUUUUAAAGCUGUAAAAUUGGAGUCAAUACUAAAUGUAAAGAUUUAUGAAACAGAAUCAUACCUCAGAUCAAUGUCUGUCAUCAUGACAUAUGUGAAUUUAAACAUAUGAAAUAAUUUAUGAUAGAAAGUGAUUCGUCAUUUUUAAUACUUAGACUUGGGUGUUAAGCAUGUUACUGCAUAUGAUGAAGCUGUACUGCUUUCCCUCCCUGUCUUUGGCAGUAAUUGUAUGUUGGAAGUAUUUUUGCAAUAAAAAAAUGGUUUGUACUAA